AUUGAUAUGCUCCGAUACAAUUCACAUGCCUAAUCUGUUGGCUUGCCGCACGCAGCUUGCCCGGUGCAGUUGACUUUUUGGUUUCUACUGUUUUAAAAUAAUUUGAGUGCUCUAUUUUAUUGCAUUGAAGGGUCUAAUUUAAGAAAAAAGUUGUACGCAUUCAGUAUUUACUUGUUUUUACAAUCCAAGUGCUGUGAAAUGAGUUCCGACAGGCGAUCACAAACGAAUCCUUUUGUUUAUUUGGACAUCUCUAUUGAUGGAGUAUCAGCUGGACGAAUCGUGAUCGAACUGAGGAGUGACGUAGUCCCGAAAACCGCAGAGAACUUCCGGGCGCUUUGUACGGGCGAGAAGGGCAUUGGAGUUUACGGGAAACCCUUACACUACAAAGGAGUCAGAUUCCAUAAAGCGGUUAAUCAGUUCAUGGUGCAGGGCGGAGACAUAGUCAACGGCGACGGCAGCGGCGGCGAGAGCAUAUACGGCCCGAAAUUCGAAGACGAGAAUUUUACUCUUACGGCAAAGUCUGGGGUACUGGCGAUGGCGAACGAAGGUCGACCGGACACAAACAGUUCGCAGUUCUGUAUAACGACGAUACCGUGCCCGCACAUAAACGGCACUAAUGUUAUAUUCGGGGAGGUGGUCGCCGGAUUCGAACUGGUCGACGAGAUGCAGAGAUACGGCGAAGGGGACGACGGGAGGCCCGGGGCGGAAUGCGUGAUCGAAGACUGCGGCGAAAUAACAGAGCAGAACUGGGACGUGUGCUGCAGGGAUGGCACCUCCGACAAAAUACCCGAAUUCCCGACGGACUGGAGGAAUAUUGGAGCCGUUUCGUUAGACGAUUUAAUAUCGUGCAUAAGGGACGUCAAGGCAGCCGGCAAUGGAAUGUUCAGCGAGCGUCGGUACAAAGCCGCGAUCAGAAAGUACCGCAAGUGCCUCAGAUACGUCGACUACGCUUUGAGUAUAGUACAAGGAAUGCACGAGAAAGAGACAGAACAUAUAAUAGAUUUAACAUCAACGUUUAUACUGCAGUGUAAUUUGAAUCUGGCCGCGUGUUACUCGAGAACCGAAGACUACAGAGCGUGUAUCGAGUGCUGUACGCAGGUGCUGGACAGAAGCCCUCGCAACGAGAAGGCCCUGUACCGGCGGGGCCAAGCGAACUUCGCCCUUAAGAACUACGAGGCCGCGCUGUCCGAUCUGAGGCGGGCCGAGCGCGCGUCGCCGCACAAUCGCGCCGUGCUCGCGCUGCUGGACGAGGUGCGCCGCUGCAGCCGCCGCUACAACGAGCUGCAGAAACAGAGGCUCUCAAAGUUUUUUCGUGAGCAAAAAGAGCGCGCCGCCGCCGCCAACAACUGAGCUGAGGCUGCGGGUGCUAGUGCGCAUCCAGUGACCCCCCAACCCCCCGCACCUAACGGGGGCGCGGUCGUGUAUCUCACUCUAUUCGAUUGCAAACGAACGUGCAAUAUCUUGAUCGUCGCUCACUUGGAUUCGGGAAAAGUGUUAUUUUUAUUCAAAAUUGCCACGCAAAAAUUACUGGGGGUGGCCUAGUGGAAAGUUUACGACGCGUGACGUCAUUAGGGGCUAAUAUAAGUGAAUACAUAUAUAUAUAUAUUAUAACGGAACUAUUAGUACGUAUAUGACAACGUGCAUUAUGAUUCGUGUUUCAUUUGACAUAAAGAAUGUUUGACGAAUACUUAUAAAAAUAGGAUAUGUUACGCCGACUACACAUAUUGUGGAAUAGAGGCAAGAAGUGAGUGAAUAAUCUUUUUGAGGUUUGAUUCAGUGAACUCUGAUUUAUAUAUUGUUUUCAAUGAUACUAUAAUGUUUGUUGUUAGCUUUUUAUUAAUGUUAUUUUUUUACGUUUAUAGACAGGCGACCUUUGGAUUUGACGAGGGGUCACCGUCAAUCCUGGACAACAAAAAUGUCAAGGGCCAAACUGAGGUCCACCGCUUAAGACUUCAAACCGCAUUUAAGUCUUUAAAGAAAACAAAUCUAAUAUAAAAUGAUAAUGGCGGUAGUAGUCGAAAAUAAUUUUGGUCGCGGUAAAUAGCUAAUUUGAAUUUGUGGGUAGAUCGUAGCGCCUCCUAAAAGUUUUGCAGGAUAAAAAACAUACCAAUUUACAAAUGUUUUAUAUUUAUAACACAGAGCAAUUGAAAAACAUUAGACGCGUGAGAAUGUAAUUAUAUUAGAGGCUCAAUAUUGCGGGUUUCGUUAAAUGUAAAAUGAUUAAGGAUGGUAAGUGUUUAAGCUCGUCUUGGCAAAUUAAUGUUUAUAUUCUUCCUUAUAUUAAUUAAUUAACUUUGUAUGUUACUGUUGACUUUUCGAAAACCGUAUCUUAUUACUCGCAUUUAUUACUACAUACAAAAGAUUACAAAAUUGUUUUUUUUUUUUAAUUAAUAUUUAUAUUUUGUGCUUACUAAGGCCACUCUGGAUCUCAUGGCCAUAGUAUUUUGUACUGCCAAUUAUUAGGUGAUUAAAGUUUUUUUUUUGUUUUUUUUUAGAAAAUAAUAAUCUUUGGCAAUUUUGGCAAGGUACUCAAAUUAUAGUUUAGGUUCUAUAGCUAGAUUGGAAUAAAAAAAUGUUUGGAUGAUGUUAUGCUAUAGGGCAAAAUUAAGAAAAUUAGUAAAUAUGCUACUGAACUUGAAAAUGUCUUAAAAUAGUGUAUUAGGUUUUAUAUAUUUUUUUUUGAAAUAGUAUAUUAGGUUUUAUAUAAUUUUUAAUCCCUAAAAAGGAUGAAUCGAUUAGAUGAUAUAUAUUGUGAUCUUCAAAUUAGAUGAAUUAUUUUGUUUUGAUUUAUAAGACUUUGAAAUCACAUUUAUAUUUAUAUUGUACAUAAAAUUUGAAGGAAGCUUUGAUUACGGUUCUCAGUUGAAACUUGUAUUUUUUUUAAAGUUUUUUAAUGGCCACAUUAAAAAGUUGUUUUGUAUGCAAGCAAUGUGCCUAUUUUAAAAUUAAUUUAGCAUUUACUAGAUCUUCGUGUAAAGCCAUUUAAUGGAUAGGUUAAUAAUCAAUUCACGAAUUUUAAUGGCCAGUAACGAUCGCAAUAGUAAUUAGUGUGCUUUGACGACUGGAUCUACUAAUGAUGUGGUUAUACGAUAAGGAACCAAUUUACAUAGUGAUUAUGAACAUUUUAUGUGAAUAAAAAUUGUCCGUUAUAAAUGCAAACGCGUAAUUUCUGUUGGCGUACCAGGUGUUAUUAUAAAAAUGAUCGAAAUUAUACAAUCGAAUAUUUUAUUAAAUGGGUAUCUCUUGUUUAACUCCGACCUAGUUAGGUGACUAGUGUAACGAAUUUGGCUGUUAUUAAAUAAAUUUGUAGUAUAUAAGAAAAUUAUCACUGCCUUUUUGAAAAGUAUUUUAGUAUUGUGUUCAUGGUUUAUGAAUUGUUUUAAAAUUUAAAUCUUUUUUAUUGUAAAUUAUAUUAAUGUUUCGGUGAACAUGAAGGUAGCAGUAAGGGUGAUGUUUUUUUAAUGACUCACGACCCCAGGCCAGGUAGCUGUGGAUGCAGAUUGUUAAUGUGGUCGCCUACUGAGUUUCUCGCCGGAUCUUCUCAGGGGGUCGCGUUUCCGAUCCGGUGGUAGAUUCUACCAAGCACUGCUCUUGCUAGGGCCAGUGUUAGCAAAAUUCUCUCAGGCUACCAGUGAAUAGGUAGGGGAUAAUGAAGUGAUCAUAUUAAUUAUAAUAAUACCAAGGAGCCUGGAAUGCAUAGUAUUUAUGUAUAUAUAGUAAUAAAACAUGGUGACAUGGCUGAGGGUAUGCAGAAUAGUGCCAAUAAAAUUCGUAACAUCUCUAUUCAGUUUCAUUUUGGUACUAACUUAAAUCGGUUGUCAUGUUCAUUCGAAUUUUAUAAAUUAAGGUAAACUAUGCAAUUAUUGUCCCUCGAAUGUUAGUAAUCUGAAUUGAGUAAAGUGAUUGCUACCGGUGCUCUUGGUUAUUUCCUGAUCUUAGCAUUUCUAGAAGCUUAUGCCAUAUUGUUCUGAAAAUUCAUACAAAACUCUGUUAAUAAUUAGAAUUCAAAUAAGUAAACAGCAUUUAAACAAACACCUAUUUCUGGAUUUGUAGACUCAGUGCCAAUAAUACGAUAAUUUACCAUCUUAAAGUCAUUGUGAACUCUGUAAAGUAUAUAUGUAUAUUUAUAAAAAUAUUUAGAUUAAUUUUACACCAUUAAAUGAAUUUCGUUUUAAUUAAGAAAUAUUUUCAAGUUGUGCCUAAUCAUAGUAUAUUUUGUGGCAUAAGAGAGAUUCAAUCGCCAUUUCUUAUAGAGAAACUGCUUAUUUAUUGUGCUUGUUGUAAGAGACAUCAUAGUGAUUAGUAAAUAUAUUAUGAUUCUGAGAAUCGUGACGUCUAUUUGUGUUCGCCAAUUUUACUUACAACUUUUUUUUUGAACACGCAAUGUAAGACGUUUAAAAGUACACUGAAGGUCGAGGUCAACGACCUCCAGCCCCGCACGUGGGGAGCUGUCUUCGCCGCAGAUUACAAGCUAACACAAUUUGAGUCUAAUAAAACGACAUUUAAUUAUGAUUGACUCAAUAAACAUGAGGUCAAACAUUUGUAGUCUCAAUUUAUCAAAUUGAACAUCUAUGCAUCCAUUUUGAUAGGAUAAGAUUUCUGUAAAUCAUUGAUCUGAAAACAUGUCAAUCGUUUUCCUAAUGCUUCAAGUAAUAUUCAGUGUUUUCAGUUCAGCAAGGCCUCUUUCUUUAGGUGAUAUAUGUACAUAUAUAUUAUUCUUAAAAUGGUCGCUAACCGGGAGGAUUCACCUGUAACGUAACAGUUCAGUGUGCUCGGUGCGAGUUUUUUAACUUCUCGCUCGCCUAAAAGUUAACUCAAUUUUGUAUGGAGUUGGAACAGCGCCCCUAGCGGCAAACGUAGGGAAGCUGUUCCAACUCCAUACAAAUUUGAGUCUUAACUCAAGUAUACUUAUAACGGCGAACAUUAUUAUACACUCAACGUGUAGAUAAUCUUGAAAUUAGUCUUAAAACCAAUAUCUCAAUUUUUAAUAUGCUUUCAUUAGCUUCAUAUAUAUGUUAGUAUGUAUGUAUGUAACGGAAACUAUGAUCAUGUUUUUGAACCCUUUCAAAACCUCGGAUUCGGAACUCAAUUUCUGUUUUUUUGAAGUUAUACUUCUUUAGGCGCGUUAUGAAAAAUUGAUGAGAGUGAAAUUUUACGAUGCGCGCGCACCGGGACACAAAAUUAACAGAAUGAAGUUGCCCACUAAAUCGCUCAUGAUACAUAAUGAAUAUAGCCGCAGGUGAACUUUCCGAACCGUACCGAGAAUUACCGAAUUUAUACGAUGUCAAGAAAAGUGAUGUCCAAUAUGCGUGUUUGAGGAUGUUGUAUAAUCGAUUUUUUUUCAAACUGAUUAAAAUUUAAAUAAAAAAAGAGUAAUAAAUUUAAUAAAAAUAAAGUAUAACUUCUUACGCGCGUACAUAAGUACACGCACCCUUUUUUUAGUUCGAUUUUCUAUAAAAGCGUGCUUUUUAGUUUUUUAACUAUUUAUUUAACGUUAGAAUUACUAUGACGCUCAACCAUAAGACCAUUUUUUGAUAUUGUAAAAAAUGUGAUUCGACUGCAAACGAACCUAAUUUUGACUACAUAGUUAUAUUACAAGCAAUUUUUUUUUAAUAGGCUAUGAAUAAAAAAGAAAAAAAUGUAAAUGAGUGCUCUUGGUGUGCGACCGCCUUUAAACUAAACAUUAGUCGAUUUUCGAGAACCAAUUAUUUGUAAGAAUAACAAUUCUUAAUAACGGUGCUUGAGCGUUUGUAAUGCUAUAUUUUACUCUUAAUUGGAACUAUUAUUGACUACUCCAAUUGAGACUACUGCUGAUUACAUAAAGUGUAUUGAGUUGAAAUUUAGAGGAAUUGGUACAAAGUGAGAUAUCAUCUAUAUCUUACUAAUAAUAUUAUAAAGAGGAAAGAUUUGUUUGUUUGUUUGUAUUGAAUAGGCUCCGAAACUACUAAGCCGAUUUGAAAAUUUCUUUCACUGCUUGGAAGCUACACUAUUCCCGAGUGAUAUAGGCUAUAAUAUUUUUUGAAAAAAAUUAGGGAUCUUUACUAAAACUCCAAUAAUGUAACCCAAGGUGUAAAAAAAUUACCUAAAAUAUUCUUUACAUCGCGAGCCCUGCGAAAACUAUUGAUGAUAGAAUAAAAUAAUGUACAACGACUUUGUAGAACACAUUAUUAAUUACAAAAAGUGUCGCGACAGCAUAUGUCUAACUAUUGCAGUUAUGCCGCAAUACGUGUUCAAAAGAACACGUUUGACACACAUUUGACGUUGUUUUAUUUUUUAAAUAAAAAUUUUAAAAAUAAAACAACGUCAAAUAUCGUUGAAAUUUUUGUUAAAGACUCGAGCGGAGCCGGAGCGGGCCGCUUAUAUUAAAUACGUGAAGCAAAAACUUUGUACCCCUUGCCCAGCCACUAGUCUCGACCAGCGAAGCGAUCUGUGAUCCCUCGUGUUCGUAACCUCAUAAUCUCCCGGAAAUUUGAGUAGCUAGUUACAUAUGGGUCCAUAAACGGUAUUCAGAUUUUCAAAGGACAGCUUUAACUAGUUAGUUAAACAGUUCCUAGGAUCGACUGUAUUAAGUCGUCGUGGCCUAAAGGAUGAGGUUUCGACUUCCACGGUGAAGGAAUAACACCGUGUAAUAAAAAUCAAAUCCGCAAAAUUAUAAUUUGCAGAAUUACCGGUGGUAGGACUUCUUCUGAGUCCGCACGGGUAGGUACCACCACCCUGCCUAUUUCUGCCGUGAAGCAGUAAUGCGUUUCGGUAUGAAGUACGGGGCAGCCGUUGUAACUGAGACCUUAGAACUUAUAUCACAAGGUGGGUGGCGCAUUUACGUUGUAGAUGUCUAUGGGCUCCAGUAGCCACUUAACACUAGGGGGCUGUGAGAUCGUCCACACAUCUAAGAAAAAAAAAAUUAAGCAUAAAACUUUUUCACGUAUUGCAGUGUGUUAAGUCAUUGAUUUCUUUUAUUGCUUAUAUGGGUGGAUGAACUCACGCCAACCUCGUGUUAAGUGGUUAGCCGAGCCCAUAGAGAUCUACAACGUAAAUGACGCCACCCACCCUGAAACAUGAGUUCUUAAGUAUAUAAUGUAAUGAAUUGAUGAAAAACAUUGAAUGUAAAACAGUGAAAAUACGUUUGGUUUUUAUAUCUCAAAUUUCCACGAAGUUCGAUAUUUAUAAUACUAAAAAAUAUCGAUUCCAAAUGUUGCCAUGUUCCUUUGAUGAUCAUAACGUUGCAGAUAUGGAAAGAAAUGUAUUUAAAUGUGAUUUUUAGAUUUAAUUUGUGUAAGUUUUCAAUAAAUAGAUUUAAAUGUUAUUGGGGUAGUGUACCAGCUGUGCUGUCAUUAAACCAAUAGCCGGGAUUUUUUUUAUAAAAAUAAAUAAAUAUUAUAAGACAUAAUAAAGUACUAUACAAAUUA